CCGGGCUGCCGGGCGGCCGGGCGGGUUGACUCUCUUUGCAGGUGGCUCCUCUUCCGCCUCUCCUGACCCCCAGGCGCCGUGCCGGCUGCCCAGGCAGCGCCUUUGUGCCCAGCGCCGAGAGCCCGCGACGGCCGCUGCGCGCCCGGGUCCAUUGUUUCGCUUCUCCGUCUCUUCCGGGCAGGUGCCCGCGGCGCGCGGGGCCCGCACGUGCCAAAGCGGCAGCAGGAGGGCAGGGACCCGCGGGCGCCGGCAGGGGCGUCCCGGGCGCGCGAUGAAGUACCAGAAGCCUUGGUGGUCGGACGGUGGCGGCCUCCUGCACCUCACCAUCCUGCUGAGCUUGGCGGGGCUCCGCCUGGACCUGGACCUCUACCUGCUGCUCCCGCCACCCACCCUGCUCUGGGAUGAGCUGCUGCUUGCCGGCGGCCCCACGAGCUCCGCCUACGCGCUCAGCCCCUUCCCGGCCUCGGGAGGGUGGGGGCACGCGGACCAGCUGCACCCCAAAGGCCGCGAGUCGGACCCCGCGGCGGAGCCCGAGGGCCGGCUGCUUCGGGAGGUGCGCGCGCUGGGAGUCCCCUUCAUCCCCCGCACCCGAGUGGAUGCGUGGCUGGUGCACAGCGUGGCGGCCGGGGACGCCGACGGGGCCCACGGGCUGCUAGGCGCCGCCGCCUCCUCCGCCGGAGGAGUGGGCGCCAGCGUGGACGACAGCAGCCCGGCUGAGCCGGGGGAUGGCGGGGACCCCCGCGCAGCUACAAGUAGCCCCUUGGCCGCCGGGGAAGAGGAGAAGGCACCGGCAGAACCGACGGCUCAGGUGCUGGACGCCGGCGGCCGCGGGAACCAGGAGAGUGAAGUACCGAGAGAGAGGCAUGAAGCUGUGGAUCACAGCUCCCAGAAUGAGGAAAAUGAGCAAAGAGUAUCAGCCCAAGAAAAAUCACUACAGCAGAAUGAGAAUGAAAAUAAAAUAGCAGAUAAACCUGACUGGGAGGCAGAAAAGACCACUGAAUCUAGAAAUGAGAGCUCUCUAAAUGGGACAGACACAGCUUUCUCCCUGGAAGACUUAUUUCAGAUGCUUUCAUCACAGCCUGAAAAUUCACUGGAGGGCAUCUCACUUGGAGAGAUUUUUCCAGGAAAUAUCAAUGAUGGCAUGAAUUCUUCAACACAUAAUGUAAACUUUAGCCAGGCUAUAAGUCAUGAUGUGAAUCUCCAUGAGGCCAUGUUGCUGUGUCCUAACACUACUUUUAGAAGAGAACCAGUAGCAAGGACUUCACAACCACAAGAACCACUUCUGCAAUUAAAUUCUCAUACUACCAAUCCUGAACAGACCCUUCCUGGAACUAAUCUGACAGGACUUCUUCCCCUUGUUGGCAAUCAGAUGAGGAAUCUAACAAGUCAAGAUCUUCUACAUGACCUUGAUAUAAAUAUAUUUGAUGAGAUAAAUUUAAUGUCUUUGGCCACAGAAGGUUUUGAUCCAAUGGAAAUGUCUCAGCUUUUUGAAGAACCAGAUUCUGAUUCUGGGCUUUCCUUAAAUUCAAGCCACAAUAGUACCUCUGUCACCAAGUCUAAUUCCUCUCACUGUGUAUGUGAAGAUGGCGCUACAGGUUCUAAUAGUGACCUUCAAUCUUUCCCCCAUGAUUUGGAAGGGGCUGUAGGUGGCUACUGCCCACAGCCCAGUAAGCUUUGUCCCAUGGAUCAUAGGAGUGACUCUGGCUUUCAUGGGGAUCUUGCAUUUCAACACAUAUUUCAUAACCACACUUAUCACCUACAGCCAAGUGCUCUAGAAUCCACCUCUAGGUCUUUUUCACGCCAUGGGAAGUCACCGAAAAUAAGUCAGUACCUUAAUGACACAGACAGAAACCUAAGCCGUGAUGAGCAGCGUGCUAAGGCUCUGCAUAUCCCUUUCUCUGUAGAUGAAAUCGUCCGUAUGCCCGUUGAUUCUUUCAACAACAUGCUAAGCAGGCACUAUCUGACAGAUUUACAAGUGUCACUCAUCCGUGAUAUCAGAAGAAGAGGGAAAAAUAAAGUUGCUGCUCAGAACUGUCGUAAACGCAAACUGGACAUAAUUCUGAAUCUUGAAGAUGAUUUAUGUAACUUGCAAGCCAAGAAGGAAAUCCUCAAGAGAGAACGAGCUCAGUAUAACAAAGCUAUUAACACAAUGAAACAAAAACUGCAUGACCUUUAUCAUGAUGUUUUUAGUAGGUUAAGAGACAAUGAAGGUAGGCCAGUCAAUCCAAACCAGUAUGUUCUUCAGUGCGGCCAAGAUGGAAGUGUUCUGAUUGUACCUAAGGAACUGGUGACCUCAGGCCACAAAAAGGAAAACCGUAAAGGAAAAAGAAAGUGAGAAGAAACUGAAGGUGGAUUCCGUUAAGAUGUAUAAGGUAUCAAACUGAUACAUGGCCACAAAACUGCUUCAAAGUUUGGCUCAAGUAUUAAAUAUCUUUUACUACUCCUACUCGAAUCACUCAGGACUACAUUUUGAAGUUUUUAUGGCCACGUCUGUGGGAAAUUUUGGGAAGCCACAACUUUUCAUCAAGUCUGACUGCAUUUGUAUGCAGGACUCAAAAUACGUACAAAAAACAGGGUGACAUGAAAACCUGACAGGAGAAGUCCAGUAACAUGGUCCCUUCAAAGAGCAAACAUUGGAUGUAAAUUAUUUUUAAACAUUUUGGUUUUUAUGACUUGAAAUGCAAUGUUAAUUUAGCUUAAGUUUUUAGUUUUUUAGCACUGAAGUAAUUAGCACUGAAUAUAUGGAGUCUUACAACUUUCUGUGGAAAUAAAUUUUAUAUUUGAAUUUGUAUAAUUUUCUUAUAUAAAAUUUAGCCAUAUGUAUUUGUUCUCCACAAAACCCACAUUCAGGAAUACAGGUGAUACACAUAGCCAGUAAGAGCACACAGUGUGGAUUUUAAUACCUGCAUAAGAAUCUAUCAGAGUCACCCCCUUCGACUUACCCAACUUCUAAACCAAGAUGCCAAGCAACAAAAUUGGGGCUUCAAUGCCUAAGGACAAAGACCUAUACAGUUACAGAAGACUUCGCCUCUUCUAAGUAGAACAGAGCUACCUGCAUACAGAGAAGUUACCUAGCAAGUUAAGCCAGCCUGUACAAAUGAUUGCACAUCUAGAACAUGGACCUCUCCUCCAAAGGGCCUCACGUUACAAUGUGAAAACAUUACAUAAAAGAACACGAGCCAACAGUAGGGGAAGGGGGAAGUCAGUAGAGGAAUAUGGACUUUACAACCAAAAAACUGGAGUAACUGGAACCACAUGAAAGACUCUUAAAUGCUUAAAACAGGGAAAAAGAUAAACAUCUGGUUAAAAAACAAAUGGAUUUGAAAACGAACUAAAUAGUUCUAGAAAUAAUGGCAUUUGUAAUGAAAGCUCAAAGAGCUUAUUGCAACAGUAAGCUGGAGGUAAUUUUAUGGAAACGUUCAAGGUUUGGCAACAUUAACAUGAAUACUUCUAGUGUAAUGCUUAAUUUCAAAAUUAGAAGAGUUAAUGUAGUCUAGAUUUUUAUACUAAAAGCUUUUAUAAACAGAGCCUAGGCAUUUCUUUCAAAACUAGAUUUUGCCCAACAAAAAAGGCCCUAGACAGUUAUUCUAGUCAGUUUUAUACAGUAACUUACACUGGCUUUUUGUAAGAGAAUACAGAUUGUGAUUGUAACUUGAUUUCAGCUGCACAGAGGGCACAUUUCCACAGAAAUUACUUUAAAUCUACAAUUUAAACGUCCACAGUACCAACUUUACAAGCAGCUUUAUCCACCCAAUUGCUAACCCUUCUAAAACUGCAUUAUCCUCAAAUCCCUGAAAACAGCAAGCACCACAAUUAACUAUACACCAGACGUAUUAUAUAGGGUAAAUAGGGACCUAAGAAGGGGGACUUAAGACAUUCACCAUAACCGAAGCUUGCAACAAUAGUUUGCAUCUGGAAAAUCGGUAGGCUUCAGAGCAUGUAAACUUGAGCUGCUUACUCUAGGAUACACCAGUUUCAGCAGUGGAAAUUCCACACUAAGAUUUUAGUCUAAAUUCCCUUGCAGAUUGGACACCCAAGGAUGACUAAAAUGUUCUACCCAGUGAUCUAAAAUAUAGGUUAUCCUGGAGUUCAGAAAGAUAGGUGAAUGUUAGCGAAUAGAAUCUAUUCAGCUGCAGAUCCAAAAUGCUCACUUAGCUAUCUCACCCAUUCCUUAAACCACUAUUCAGUCCAGUUACUCUGAACAAGACAUGGUUAUGCAGUCAAGACUGUGAACUGAGAAACAACAUAUUGAAACAGGGUUUUCAGGGAUGGGAUGUGACCUCAUACCUCCAGUACAUUCCCAAGUUGUUUGGUAUACAGUUUACAAAUGCAAAUUUCAAGGGGGAUCAGUAAUGCUUACUCUAAAGAACUAAUUAAUUAACCCUUGGCUGCUUUUAAAGACUUUCUGGUGGGCACCCCUUCCGCUCUUGAAUCUGCAGUAGACAGGCCCAAACUUACAUCCCAGUUUGAAUUGGUCCCAACAGGAAAUUAGUCUUACCUUUUUCACCUAUGGGGAACAAUUGUUAAUCCUGAAGUUAUUCCUAUUACAAAGUUACGAAGUGAAGCAAUCUGGUCCACCAGCCAGAUUCUCAGUAUCUCAUUUUUCCUUUUCUGCAUAAAGCCUUCAUAUUUCAAAAGUAGCCAUCAACAGGCAUCCAUGUUGAACCACCUUACAAAUGAAAUUAGAUUUUCAAGUGUAUAUAAUCUCCAUGCAACAUGUACUAAAGAAUGUCUGGAUAAUUUGGGUCCCUCUCAAGGCUGGCUUCAGUUCAGCAAGGAACUUUAGAAUACAGCAGUCAGAAAAUGCAAUUUGCACACAUCCAAGCCCUAGAACGAAACGUCAGCCUAAUCACAGUACAUGUAUUAGAACUUAAAUGCUUUUUAUACAUCUGGAUCAAUCUUAAUUUCCCCCUUCUAGCACCCUCAGAGAUGAAUUUGCCCCUUUCUUGGGUAGUCUACUCACCUCACUGGUUUGACCAGUCACCAAAAAGUGUUACAUCUAAGUGAUCGACGCAGUAAUAAACAGUGGUGUCAUUAAAACUGAAUGGGGUUUAUCAACCAUCUAGGUACAGUCAUUCCAAAGCUCAAAGAUCUGAUUUACAUAAAAUUUUGUGAAGAGCAUGUUAUCUAUUUUUAGUAUAUUGGGAUUAGUGUUUUCUACCUUUUUGGAAAGGAACCCACACUUGUGAACUACUAAUUGUCAUUACUAAAGAACAGAAACAGGAUUUAAGUUUUCUUAAAUUAACUCAGUACUCUGAACACUUAGUACGAAUUAUAAUUCCUUUCAUACCAUCUUAGCUUGUAUUCAUACACCAGUUAUUGAAAACCUUACAUGUGAUAGAACCAGUUUCAAAAACUUCCAGUAAAGAUUAACACUCUAACAUGGAAGCCAGCCCUCAGUAUGGCUCCCAAUGAUGCUAGCUUCUCAGUAGUCAUACAAGUAAACCCCUUCCAUCCACAUGUGACCAUUAGAAUACAAGGUACUACUUUCCAAAUAUUGAUCCUACUGGGAGGGUUUUGAUUGCUCCAAUAGCUCAGUAUAGAAAAAAAAAUAGCCAGCCCCAACUUGCCAGCCCUGUCUUAGUGAAGCUUUUCCUAACUGCAGCCUUGAGCUUCAGCAAGAAUCAGAUAGCUAAGUUGUUUUCAAGUUGUUGACCUGAAAAUACCGUGUAAAGUAACAAAUUCACUGGUGCUCCAAAUCCUUAAGUACUGAGGUGUAGGAUUAAGCCUGAUAUAGAAAUAUAAACGCUUCAUACGCGAAAAAAAUGUUACUUCGUUUCGAAAACUUUUGAACUACUUUAAACCUCAAGUUCUAACAGAAAAUUAACAGCUCCAAUAUACAACAUACACACAGGGAAAUGCCUAUGUUGAUUACUCAACAUUACCUACUUAGUUGCAGUUAAGUCAGAUCAUUUCAGCCUAUUGUGUAUUAAAUUUUUAAUUUGUCCGAUUAAGGGGUGGGUACUUCAGGUUAUGGUGUUAUACCAACUUCAUUUACCUUCUCAGUUCGACUUCUUGGUAGAGCUGCAUUUUGAAACCUUCAAAUAUAUAUUUAACCUGCUUUUCGUACUCUAAAGUUUACAGUUGCUGGACCCAUCUACUGUAUUUUAAGCAAGUAACAGCUUAGCUCAUCUUCUGUUAAUCAUCAGUUUGACUUACCUGCAAGUUACCUCAUUAUCAAACCCCCCCCAAAAAAUGUUAAUCUUACUAUGUAUAUUUCCUGUUAUCUUUCAUUGUUUCAGGUAAAUAUGUACAAGUAAAAAAGCCAUUGCUUGUUCAAUUCUGUCCACCAUAUUUAAACCUUUAAAAAGACAACCACUGAAAAUCAGUUAAAAUGCAUAUAAAGGUAAUUUGACAUUUGAGAAAAGCUACCAUGACAGAUUGUCUCAGUGCUUUGCAGUCACAUUAUUGGGACCACUCCAGCUGUUUAAAAUAUUUGUAACAACGCCACCAGCAAUGUUAAACAUACACGGUAAAGCCAGAAAACUAGAGCAGUAUUCAAACGCUGAAUGUACAGUAAAUAAAGAAUAGCAUUUUAUUAGGGACAGCCAAUAAUGUCCACAAUGCUUUUCUUAGUCUUUGACUAUCAAUACUGAAAAAUGGCAAUAUGCAUAGCUUUGUGAAACUGCUUUAAAAAUCUAGGGGAUGGCAAUCUUUUAGACAACUGAAUGUUUAUAGAACAAGAUUCACACAUUUUAUGUGUAAACAUUACACCAAGUAUUUGAAUACAAAAGUGUUUAUUUUAUAAACUUUAUAUUUAAAAUAGAAUUUUUAUCUCUCUACUCACAAAACCUAGUUUAAAACAUGAUACAUUUCUCUCUAGCUUACUUGAUGUUAUACUCGUUUACAAACAAUACUCAAUUUGUAAUUGUUUUAUAUUAAGAACCUGUACUAAAUGAAGUUUGUAUUUUAUCAGAAAACAUUUCCCUUUAAACUUAAAAGUGCUUUUAAAUGAAGGCACCAACAAGAACUACUUUCAGAUGGUACAGAAUUUCUUAUUUCUUGAAGACUCUGUGGUUGACCACUUCUUCAUUAGUUACCUGCAGCAAGACACCUUCCUGCCAAAGGAAAAAAAAAGUAUCUGAAGAAGUUUAUCAUGUUUGUCCAAAGAACCUAAAUAACUUCAGUGGUGGUCUUAGGAUCAAAGAAGACUCACUGGUGCAUACAGUAGAAUAUGCCCUGAUUAUCACAUUCCUGAAAAGGCAAUAAAGCCAGGCAAAUCAAACUCUGAUGACAUUUAAGAAUUUCAGCAGCCAACCUACAUCUCUCCUAUAAGGUAGGGGGUUGGGAAAGAAUUACCACAUUUAAACCCAAAUAUUUAGUACUGGAUACAUACAGGAUUUAUAACGUAGACACUUUAUUCGUAGGUAAACUAUCAUCUGGAAAUAGUUUCAACCAUUUUACCCUACCUUCUCCUGAGCCUGAUCAGCAUGUAAAACUAGAACAACCAUAUAACAGAAGAACAAAAUGUCUUUAUU